AUGACGGAUGAAAAAACGCGCACACUGCUUGCGAAUCAAGAUUGGAUUCAGCUCUGGCAAAAAGGCAUCACACCUUGGCACCACCACUCUGUCAAUGAGUGCGUUAAAUUGCUUUUUUUUACCAACUUUUAUAUCUAUUGAUAACUGCAACUCGAUCAGUUUUCUUGACAGGAUACCAGCCAUUUCAUUAGAAAUGAAUGAAACAGUGAAGGGCUCUGCCGUCGGAAGUGUGGUUAUGUAUAGACAAAUUUGGUAAGGAACGAAUGAUCCGCAGAAGGAAGUCACCUCAUAUCGAAAGUGAACUCUUCCUGAAGUUUUAUCCAUGAGACUCACUUGAUCACACCUGAAAAGACGUGAGUCUCCAAAACGCUUGUUGGGCGGCUGUGCUUUUAACAUAAUUGCCCGUGUAAUUCUGGCAGUGUUCACUUAAUAACUUUCGGCCGCUGUAGUGCAUACUCAUAUGUCCUCAAUCGGAAGCAUUUUACAUUUCGAUGUAUAUGCGUACGUUAGCGGAACGAUGUUGUAUAUACCUAUGUUCACUAGGCGAAUACCAUAUCGGUACAGCAGGCUAAACAGUCCAAUGUUGUUCAUACUCGAACUGCUUUUUGAUUUUCACCAGGAAGCUUCUGGGAGGCGGUAAUCUACCAACGUGAUUCAUCAGCUUCGUUUGGACAUCUGCCGCGGCUAUGCAAGAAAUUAGUGGAAGCUAUUUUUAGCAAGGCGUUUUCGCAAAUUUAGAGCGGCAAAGCUAGUUCUUAGUGCUUGACGAGAACUAGGCUCCAAUCAGACCACUGUUAAGAAUGAGUUCUGUUGAAACGUUGAGUUCCUGAUUGUGUACACCUACGCUUAAUGAUGUCCAUUGUAAAGUGCAGAGGGCUUUAGGAGUGCACCUUUUUUACUGAAGCGUUUUGCAAUGACGUAUGCUAGGUCGUCUUGAUAACACCGCCCCUGAUUUAUACCCGACGUUUUCUUAAUCUUAUGUCUGAUUACAGUCCUUUUCAUAAUCCAAGCGUAAACAAACAGACCUCGGCAACGUAGUCGGUUUCGAACUUUAAACAUAAUACUCUAUUUUUAUUCCAUUCUCAUAUGAAACUAGAUUAUAUCUCACUCGACUUCCAAUUGUACAGAGCUCUCAUAGAAUACUGGGACAAGCUCCAUCCUAGUGACAACUUUACUCGUGCCUAUGUGCCACUCUGCGGAAAGACAGUCGAUAUGCGGUGGCUCUACCAGAAGGGUGUGACUGUUGUGGGCAGCGAUAUCGCCGAGACGGCCGCUAUUGCUUUCGUGAAGGAACAUCCUCAGUUGGCCAUGCUCCGCACUGAGGCCACUCUGAAUAACGGCGAGCAGGCCGUCGUCUACGAGGUAAUUUUUAAAACAUACUCGACUAGUAAUCCCCAUAAGAAAAAAACCAGUAUAGGUCAGUUCCCUUUCUGUCCUGGAUAAGUCAAUUGAAAAUUUACAAUAAUUUAUUGGGAGGAUAAUGCUCUAAAUUAACCCAGAGGCGUGCCAUCCUGUCAUUUGGUUGCUGCAACUAUCCCAUUAUCCAAAUGCAAAGGGGGCCCUUAGAUGACGUAGCAAUUGUGCUCCGCGGACGUUGAAUCUCCUCACUUGAUUUACCAUAAAGCCAAAGUAGCAAGUUUCUGAUUGCAGCCGUUUCGACAAAAUCAGCAGGCUGUUACUGAAACUUAG